UCUGAGGCAAGCAAAGGAACAGAUCAUGCUUUAACUGAUCCGGGGAAAACAGCACCCCAAAAUUAACGGUUCACCAGACGAUUGUUCAAAAUCAACCUAGUUUACUAUGUCAGAAGAUGUAAAGAAGUUCAGUCCAUUCGACAAAGGCAUCAAAUUGGUGUCAAAACCAAGCGAUCUCGAUGAAUUUGAUGAUGACCCCAGUGUUUUAAGAGCUCAGCUGUCCUGUGGUCAUGUCAUUGAUCCAGAGACACUGACCGAUUGUUGUAGAGCUCAACUGGAAGAUAGACAGACUGAAUUCAGAUGUCCCCUGUGCAGGAAAGAAUGGCCAUAUAACGAAGUGCGCAAAUUGGCAAAACUUACAAUUGAUGAGCAGUCUAGUUUUGAGGAGAGGCUUGGGACAAACACUGUUAAGAAGUUAUUGGAUUUAAGGGAUUGUCCUGGUUGCGGAACUUUAAUAGAAAGAUCGGAUGUUUCCAAUCUCUGCGUGGAGUGCUCAGUUUGCACUGUAAAAACUGGACGAAUCUUUGAAUUCUGCUGGCAGUGUGAGAGAGAGUGGAAGGGGCCUAGACCUUGUCUUGAUCAUUGCAGUAAUGUGGGAUGUAGACGCGCUGACCAGGAGCUGCUGAGGGGUUGUGAUAUGAUCACUUUCACAUCAGUUGUGUAUAAGGGGUCCAGUGUUCAUGUCCAGUGUCCAGCAAUCCGUGCCUGUCCAUUUUGUGGCGUGUUGAUAGAACACAAUAAGGGAUGUAAAAUAAUGUCAUGUCGUAAUUGUAAGAAGCAGUUUUGCUUUGCUUGUUUAAAAUCCGCCCACGACUGCUUAAAAACUUCUACUCAUUUCAUUUCAUGCUCAGCUAGUGUCGCACCUAGACAAACUGAUUAAGCAGAUGAUAAAGCAGAAGCGGCUUUAAAGGGUGAGGAGUUAAGAAGAGGAAGAGUUUAUAAAGCUAAUUGAUUAUAUUUACUUUUUCUGUGUAUUCAAGAUUUUAAAGUGUAGGUACACAGCAUUGUUAUUACUGGUCUAUCUAAUUUCUAGUGAUUCCUUCACGAUUAUGUCAUUAAUUUUCUAAGUUCCUCAUAAAGAUACUCAUUAUGUCAUUUUGGACCACCACCAAAUUACCCCUGAACUUUAUUCAAAUAUUACCAUGUUUUCAAUCUGAUUUUAAUAUCAUUCAGUAAUUACUGUCCAUGCAUGCAUGUAUACUUUAUAAUUAUUUUAAAUAAAAUGCAUUUACUUUAA